UUUAUAGAUCAAACCCACUCCUAUGCUAUCACCAACACACAUACAAGCGCCACUCUGCAACAAACAUUCCGGCAAGAUGAUGGUAAAAUUGGGAGGAACUGCAAGAAUCCUAACCCUUUCCUUAUCUUCAACCUCCACCACCCGUCUCUCUUUCUCUAUCCUCUCUUUCCCUAAAAUCAACCGUCCUCGUAGGGUUUAUCAAGGGUUUAGGGGGCUCUCCACCACCGCCGCCGCCGCCACCACCACCCCCUUCACUGACGAACCUUCAUUAGAAUCAUCCAAACACUCUAUCCUCCUCGAACGCCUCAGAAUCAGACACCUCAAAGAUUCAGUAGGUAACACUUACAAAACCAAUAACAAAAAGCCACAAUCGAUACCUUUUCAGGAGAGCGAGAUCGAUGACGGAUCUUCUAAGCAUUUUAAGAACAAGAAGGAAGAAGAAACUUCGUUUUCGGAAUUGGGGUUGAGCGAAGAGGUUUUAGCUGCGUUAACGGAAAUGGGUAUUACAGCACCAACUGAGAUUCAAAGUUUGGGGAUUCCCGCUGUGCUUGAUGAAAAAAGCGUGGUUUUAGGGUCUCAUACUGGCUCAGGGAAGACACUUGCUUACUUGUUGCCUCUUGUUCAGUUGUUAAGACAAGAUGAGGCAUUGAAUGGCAUGGUGAUGAAGCCCAGGCGUCCACGUGCCAUUGUCCUCUGUCCAACAAGGGAGUUAUGUGAACAGGUAUUUGGUGUUGCAAAGUCAAUUAGUCAUCAUGCUCGAUUCAGGGCAACAAUGGUUAGUGGUGGUGGUCGUUUAAGACCCCAAGAAGAUGCACUGAAUGCACCAAUCGACAUGGUGGUGGGGACACCUGGCAGGGUUCUUCAACAUAUUGAAGAUGGAAACUUAGUCUAUGGUGAUAUCAGAUAUCUGGUGUUGGAUGAAGCAGACACCAUGUUUGACCGAGGUUUUGGUCCAGAUAUCCGGAAGUUUCUAGGCCCAUUGAAAAACCGUGCAUUAAAAGCAGAUGGUUUAGGGUUUCAAACUAUUUUGGUGACUGCAACAAUGACAAAUGGUGUACAAAAGUUAGUUGAUGAGGAGUUUGAAGGAAUCGAGCAUCUUCGCACUUCAUCUCUUCAUAAAAAGAUUGCUUUAGCUCGACAUGAUUUUAUAAAGCUUUCAGGUGCAGAGAAUAAAUUGGAAGCAUUGCUACAGGUUCUUGAGCCAAGUUUAGCAAAAGGAAAUAGAGUGAUGGUGUUUUGUAACACAUUGAAUUCAAGCCGAGCAGUUGACCAUUUCCUUGGUGAAAACCAACUCGCUACUGUUAACUAUCAUGGUGAGGUUCCCGCUGUCGAAAGGGUUGAAAACCUCAAAAAGUUCAAAAGUAAUGAUGGAGAUUGCCCCACACUCGUUUGUACAGAUUUAGCAGCUCGGGGUUUGGAUUUGGAUGUUGAUCAUGUUAUCAUGUUUGAUUUCCCCAAAAACUCUAUUGACUACCUUCAUAGGACUGGAAGAACCGCUCGCAUGGGUGCCAAAGGAAAAGUGACAAGCCUAAUUACAAAAAAGGACAUGACUCUAGCAGAUCGUGUGGAAGAGGCCAUGAGGAAAAACGAGAGCUUAGAAUCUCUCACUGUAGACAACGUCCGAAGAGACAACAGCAGCAGACCAAAACUACAACACAACAAAUCAAAAGCCUCAAAAUCAAUCAAAAUCUCCGAUCAAAAAACAAACAAAAACUUCAGAAGCUCAGUGGGACCCACAUCCAGUAAAGUCACCCCCUUUUCCAAAUCCAAACCACCUGUUAAAAGAGGCCCCAAAUCCUCUGCUACUAAAGUAGCCUCCUUCUCCAAAUCCAAGAAACCCAUGGGUCAUGCCUCUGGUUCUACCGGACCCACAAAGUUUUCAAAACCUAAAAAACCGAUUGUGAAAAUUGGCGGGAAAACAAAAAGUAGUAGUAAUAGCCAAAAAGGCGGUGGUGUUGGGAAAUCGACGUCGAAGCUGAAUGUUGUUGGGUUUAGGGGAAGAAGCUCUUCAUCGGGUUCAGUUAGGGCUAGUUAGUUAGUUGAUCGAUUCACUAAUAAUACGGGUAAGAGCAAGGAGUCUUGGUUUUGGAGGAACGACGUUUCCUUCAGAGUCGUAAAUUAUGACCCCUGAGAAAUCUGGUAGUUGACACUUUCCGCCCAUGAGUAUAUUCUUUUGCCAAACGGAUUCUUCUUCUUCUUCUUCUUCUUCUUCUUCAUCUUCUUGAAAGACAUGGUUCAUGCUUUCAUUGUUGAGUUGUAUAACAGGUUCUUCAAAAUCAUAACUGUAGCAAGCUUUCAAACGAUGAACCCAUUUUUUAGAAUGACUAGCACACAUGAACAAGGUCAAUACACAAAAGAAGAAGACAGACCCAAUGGCUAGGCUCACUUGUGGUGCACCGGUUAGAACAUGGUUAGGAAGUGGUCGAGCCAUUGGUUUGUUUUUUUUAGGGUUUAUGGUUGAUGUUAGGUGUUAAAGAUUGUGCAUGGAGAUGUUGGGUUUUAUAGUGUGAUUUUGUGUUUUUUGUUUAGGGUUAUGAGGAUUUGUUAAGGUUUUAUGAGAUGGGUAUAGGUGGAAGACUAUGAAGAGUGUAAUGGUUAAGUUUUAUGAAUUAGGUGGCCUGUUUUGGAAUAGGAAUUUGCUGUGGAGUAGGUGUUGACUUGUAUGAGAACUUAAAGAUCGUUAUGGUGAAUUCUAAAAACAUAUAUAGAUAAAUUAACGUCA